UCUGGUCAAACAUGCAGACCAUGGAGGAGGAGGAGGAGGAGGAGGAGACAGAGGAGAACACAGGGAUGAAGAUGGAGGAGGAGGAAGAAGACGGUCUGGAUGACCAGGACUCAGGAGACCAUUUCUCCACAGCCGAGUCCUUCACCUGGAGAUCCAGCCCGCUGCCUGGUAACCAUGACGACCGUGACCGCUCGGUGUUGAAGAGGGACGACGGGGAAGGAAAUGAGGACGGAGACGUCAGCGGUUUGAUAAACUCUGAUGGAGAGGAAGAGGAGUGGAGGCCGCCACUCACAGAAUCAACGAGCGGCUCGGAGACGCCGGCGGACGGCCGCGGGGACGGUAAAGGGAAACACUGCUGUCCCGUGUGCAGUCGUGACUGUUUCAAAGCGUCGGCGCUGCAGAAACACCUGAGGAUUCACUCGGGCGAGCGUCCGUUCCAGUGCCCCACCUGCAGGAAGAGCUUCACGCAGCAGGUUCACAUGACGGAGCACCUGAGGAUUCACACCGGAGAGAAGCCCUACACCUGCACCGACUGCAGGAAGAGCUUCACCUUCUCCAGCGCUCUGCGCCGGCACCAGCGGCUGCACACCGAUGCGCGACCGUACCAGUGCUCCGUCUGCCAGAAGACCUUCAAACAGCAGUGCUCGCUCAAGACCCACCUGCUGACACACUCAGGAGUCCGCUACCAGUGUCCGCUCUGCAGCAAGAGCUUCAGCCGCGCUCUGGAGCUCACCUACCACGUGGACAUGCACUCAGACGCCCAGCCGUACUUCUGCGACAUCUGCAAGAAGAACCUGAGUGGAGCCAGGAUCUACCGCAACCACAUGAAGAAACACGAGUCACAGACUUCGGUGCAGACGCCACCACGAGACGGUGCAAAGGAAGCGGUCAGAGCCACUGAGAGUCUUUAAGGAUGGAUUCUGUAUUUUCUGUUUGUGUUGAGACGACAGCCCGGAGCGACGUGAUGGUUCCUCCUGAGGCGUCUCCUGAAGCCUGAGCACCGUUUGUUUUCUGACAAACUCAGAUCUUUAUUUUUCAAGGUGCUGGUUUGUAGCAAAUACACAUUUGAGCCUGAAUCUGAAGGUGAGGCUUCAGUUUUCUGUUUGAUAAGAACGUGAUGACAGAGAAAUACAGUGAAGAGCUGUAACUUUGCUGUGAACCAGAAAAAGUUCCUGCAAAUAAAACUGGUUUUACAUUUCUGUUUUUGGACGAUAAAUAAUCGAGAGACGGAACAUUCAUCGGUUUAAAUGUUCUUUUUUAUUUGCCUUCAUGCUAAGCUAGGCUAACGUUAUCCUGACACAUCGAUCUCAUCUGGAAAUCUGAUUUAAAUGUAAAGUGUUCUGCUGCUCUUCACUCUGGUCCAGAAAGUCAAAGUCUUUUUCUUCUGCAUUUCUUCUUCCAGUUUUUCCCACAGACUGUAAAUAAAGAUGGACGUCAUGACAACUCCUUGAAGAGACGCUGUCUCUGUCGCCCCCUGGUGUCUGGCUGCAGUACAGCUCAUAAACCUCCUCCAUGUUAGCAGAUGGGACAUGAACCAAACUAAAGAAUCAA